UAAUUAAUCAGCAUCUUGGCUUUCUAUAUGGAUCAGCUUUUGGCCUAGGGAUACUCUUUUCUUCCGUUACUGUGCCGCAAUCUUCACCAGUCAACCCUGUAUUUAAAUCUCAUACGAUUUUCUGCAAAGUAUGCUUUCCACACUGCCUUCACAAAUCACAAGACACAGAGCUCAAUCCGUGCCGAACACGCUCCAGCUGUUGACACUGGACUGCAUAUUCGUAUAUUAAUCUUGGAUAUUCCCCGUAUUUCCCGCUCGCGCCGGUAUUACAAUAGUAUUAUACGGUGUAUAUAUACACAGGUGUGCUGCUCAGGGACAGACACUCAGACAGGGUUGAGCUUUGUGCGCUGCGAAUGACGAGAAAGAUGGGUGGAUGCUACGCGCUCGCGGUUGUUUUGGCGGCGGUUCUCAAUGCCGCCGUUCUGUGCAGCGCCGGAACCACCAGCAGCUUUGUCCGGAAGGUGGAGAAAACUGUGGAUAUGCCGCUCGACAGUGAUGUCUUCCGCGUGCCGCCUGGAUAUAAUGCGCCUCAACAGGUUCAUAUCACACAAGGAGAUCAUGUGGGGAAAGGAAUGAUUGUGUCAUGGGUGACUGUGGAUGAACCGGGUUCGAGUAAAGUCCUGUACUGGAGUGAGAAUAGCAAACACAAGAAAGUGGCCAAAGGGAAUAUUAGAACCUAUAGAUACUUCAAUUAUACUUCUGGUUACAUUCACCACUGCACCAUUAGGAAUCUUGAGUACAACACCAAAUACUACUAUGAGGUUGGGAUUGGGAACACGACUCGAACCUUCUGGUUCACGACGCCUCCUGAAGUUGGGCCUGAUGUUCCUUAUACUUUUGGUCUUAUAGGGGAUCUUGGACAGAGUUUUGACUCAAACAGGACACUCACACAUUAUGAAAGAAAUCCAAGAAAGGGGCAAACAGUUUUGUUUGUUGGUGACCUUUCAUAUGCAGAUAAUUAUCCUAACCAUGAUAAUAGAAGAUGGGAUUCAUGGGGUAGAUUUGUUGAGAGAAGUACUGCAUAUCAACCCUGGAUUUGGACUGCAGGAAAUCACGAGAUUGAUUUUGCCCCGGAAAUUGGCGAAACUAAACCCUUUAAACCUUUUACUAAACGGUAUCAUGUUCCCUAUAAAGCAUCAGAUAGCACUGAAACGUUUUGGUAUUCAAUCAAGAGAGCUUCAGCAUAUAUCAUAGUUCUGUCGUCAUAUUCAGCAUAUGGAAAAUACACCCCUCAAUACAAAUGGCUUGAAGAGGAGCUGCCAAAAGUUAACAGGACCGAGACACCAUGGUUGAUUGUUCUUAUGCAUUCUCCAUGGUACAACAGCUAUAACUAUCACUAUAUGGAAGGAGAAACUAUGAGAGUAAUGUUUGAGCCGUGGUUCGUGCAGCACAAAGUCGACCUUGUUUUUGCUGGUCACGUUCAUGCUUAUGAACGCUCGGAGCGCAUAUCAAACGUGGCGUACAACAUUGUAAACGGGGAAUGCACUCCUGUCCGAGACCAAUCUGCCCCAGUAUACAUCACAAUUGGUGAUGGAGGAAAUCUUGAAGGCUUGGCCACCAACAUGACAGAACCACAGCCAGAAUACUCAGCUUUUCGCGAGGCGAGUUUUGGGCAUGCCACACUUGACAUUAAGAACAGAACCCACGCAUACUAUAGCUGGCAUCGCAAUCAAGAUGGAUAUGCUGUAGAAGCAGAUACAAUGUGGGUUUCCAACCGAUUUUGGCAUCCAGUUGAUGAUUCUACAACUACCAAAUUGUGAUUGCCACAAGCCACUUUUUUCACUUGUAUCUUUUUGUUUUCUCUGUAUUUUAGUGAACUCAUGCAGAUUAACUUUACAUCUGAAUCAAUAAUAGUUUGAAACGCCCUCAUUGGGCUUGUCAUGAGAAAA